UACGUUCUCCCAUUGUUUUCGAGGGCGAUACAUACAAUAUUUGACAGGGUGUAUCGAAGUGCUCCUUAUAGGAAACUUGAUUCGCGAUCUUAAAAGCCACGAGUAUAGUGUCAGCGUGGAUAAGAGAGAAAUGACGAUUCGGAAAAAAAACUUGUGAUAGAUGCAACAAUUGCAUCGCUUUUAUAUCGCUAGGUAGAGGUUAUAUAUGCAAAACAUUUUUCGGAAGUGCAUGCAUGAUAGCUCGUGGCUGCAGCAAAGUGAAAAGCGAAAUAAUGCCGCCGUCGUCGCAUACGAAUUGGACUAAACCCCUCCUAAAGAAUGGACAGAUGAUGCAACUGCAAGCAAAGCGUACAACUUGCUCGACACAGAAUCAGAAUUCGAAUGGUAGUAGCACGGAACACAGUGGUAUUCCGCUUGACAGAAGAAUCAAAGUUGUUUUAGUAGGCGAUGGUGCCGUUGGGAAAACCAGUCUGGUUGUCUCUUAUUCAACAAACGGUUUCCCAGGAGAAUAUGUACCUACUGCUUUCGAUAAUUAUAAUGUGGUUGUUAAUGUCGAUGGUCAACCAGUAAAUGUUCAGCUAUGUGAUACAGCAGGUCAAGAUGACUUUGAUCCUCUGAGGUCAUUAUGUUAUCCAGAAACAGAUGUGUUCCUAGUCUGCUUCAGUGUUGUAUGCCCUUCUUCUUAUCAUAGUGUAACUUCUCGAUGGGUAAAUGAAGUACGAAAAUAUUGUCCUAAUGCACCAAUCAUCUUGGUAGGCACGAAGAGUGAUUUAAGAUCAGAUGUACAUCUUAUGUUACAAUUAGCAAGAUAUGGUCAAACACCAAUUACAAGUUCACAGGGUCAUCAAUUAGCUCAAAAAGUUGGAGCUGUAAGUUAUGUGGAAACAUCUGCAUUAACUCAACAUGAUCUUAAAGAAGCAUUUGACCAAGCAAUAGUUAGUGCUCUUAACACAAGAAGAGGUGGUACUAGUUUAUUAUAUAGACGUAGGAAACCUUUACCAUUAUGGCGCAGAUGGUUAUGUUGUUGCAAAAGAUCUUCUAGUGGUGCAUAAAUAUUGAUUAAUUAGACUCUCUAGAGUAUUCUCUGUGAUCAAGUGCGACUACUUUGUUAUCAGAAUUUUUUAAUUUCUAUAAGUACCUCAGCAAUAUAAUUCUACAAUUUUACUUAAAAAAUAUGCAAACUUUCCAUGUGUUAUUGCCAAACUCUGAGAUUAAUAUUAGAUUAUUUUUCUAAAAUUUCAACAGACUGUACUUGAGUAAUAGUUUUUUGAAUUGGUUAACCCCUUGACUUACGAUUUAAGUUCCAACAGCGCGUGCCGUAACCAUCGACAGGAUCGGUCAGACUGAGUGUUCGAAGUUAUACAAGGUAUAACUAAUUUUAUGUUGCAAGAUGUUUGAUAAAUAAUUACUGCCAAUUGAUCAUUGAACAAGAUUCUUAAGGGUAUCUUUCUAAUAUUUUUCAAGAAAAUAUAUCUGCACGUCCAAAUGCGGCCAAGAAAAAAACAUGUUCGACGAGUCUAACUCGUGUUUCUUGUGUUUGGCCCGAAAAACGUACCACGAGACCAGCUCGACGUUGUAGGUUAAGGGGUUAAUAAUUCUAUAUAUACAGUGACAAGCAAAAGUGUAAACACACUCCGCUGAUUUUAUGUAAAAGGCGAUACUACGACUAAUUUUCCAGGUGAUCGAUAAAGAUUAGGUAACCGUAACUACAAGCUACGUCUGAUUAACGAAAUGUAAUAGUUCAUUUUCAUUAACAUUAAUAAUGUACAGAAUAUUUUAUAAUAAUUGUAUUUUGAAACAAUGUUUACAGUUUCGCACGUUUCGUCAGAAACGUUUAUGGUAACAUGUAAAUGUCAGGGAAACGGAACUGUCAAUAAGCACUGAUUGCCCACUGUUUCACACCAUUGUUAGAUUACUUUUCAGCUUGAUAUGCUUAAUCCAAGGUAAAGCCACUUACUGAAGAUAAAAAGAACAGUAUUAUUUGUUUGUGUGAUAAAGGUUUGUCGUUGCGGCAAAUUGCAGAGAAAUGUGGUGUCAGUCAUACGAUAGUUGCAAGAAUAAGAAAAAAGUAUGUUAGUGCAUCAAUUUUUUCAUAAAACGGUAGAUCGCGACUUAUUUCGGAUAGAGCAGCACGUGAAACUGCACACUGUAUUCGGUCGGAUAAUUAUCCGACAAAACACCAAAAAUUGCUGCUCAGGAAAUCGAAAUAAGUGCUAGCGAAUGGACCAUUCGUCGCUCUUUAAAGAAAAUUGAUUUUCGAGCGAAGGAAAAAGAAAGUAAACCAGCUGUUUCAAACAAAAAUAUUAAAUUACGAAAACAAUUUGUGGACACCUACAAAGAAUGGACGAUCAAAGAUUGGAAAAAAGUUAUAUGGAGUGACGAAACAAAAAUUAACAGAUUCGAAUCCAACAGAAGGUUCUGAUAUUGGACUUCAUUGAAGAAUAAUGAACAACCAGGUGAUAUAAAACAAACUAUGAAGUUUGGAGGUGACUCAAUUGUGUGUUGGGAUUGCUUUACUCACAGAGGUGUUGGUCCCUUAGUUCGAAUUGAAGGUAUAAUGCGAAAAGAGUAUUAUUUGACCAUUCUACAAAGAAAUUUACCUUCUGUAGUUAAUUCUAUUAGAUAUAAUGAACGUGAAGUAGUAUUUUAACAAGACGGGAAUCCUAAGCAUACUGCAAAAAUAGUUAAAACCUGGCUAGAAAAUCAAAAUUUUUCUGUGAUAAAGUGGCCUGUAAUGACAAAAUCCUCAUAUGAAUCCGAUCGAAAAUUUGUGGUCCAUUUUGAAAAGGAGGCUGGCAAAAUAUAAUAAUCCACCUUCAGGUGUUCAUGAAUUAUGGGAAAGAACACAACAGGAAUGGUACAAUAUUGAACCACAAAUAAUUAAAAAUUUAAUUGACAGUAUGCCUCGUAGAUUAAAAGCAUUAAAAAGAAGUAAAGGAAAGUGGACGAAAUACUAGGUUGAAACCUUAAUUCGACGAGUAUAAUUAAAGUGCAAAACUGUAAACAUGGUUUGAGAUGUCCAUUUUUGUAAAAUGUUCUGUACAUUAUUAAUGUUAAUGAAAAUGAACUAUUACGUUUCGUUAAUCAGAUGCAGCUUGUAGUUACUGUUACCUAAUCUUUACUGAUCACUUGAAAAAUUAGUCGUAUUAUCACCUUUUACAUAAAAUCAGCGGAGUGUGUUUACACUUUUGCUUGUCACUGUACAUUCUACUUUUUUCAUUAGUUAAAUCUUUCUAUUUUCUAAAAUAUAUAAAACACAGCUUUCUAUUUUCUUGUACAGAUAUAAAAUUUAUAUUCUGAUAGCUAAGCCGUACGCUAUUCAUAAAAUUCCUGAAGCCAGAUAUGGCAUAAUUUAUUAUAACAUUAAUCAUAUUUUUGUUACUAGCAUGUAAUUGGCUACUUGCCUAUUGUGAUUUUUCCUUUAUUGAUAGGAACAUUAAUUUUAGAAUUUAAAAAAAAAUCAUUGCCGCGUUAUAUUAUUAUUAUUAUUAUUAUUAUUAUUAUAUAAUAUGCACUAUAUUUAACAUUUUAAACAGCUUUUCAUGCUGCAAGGACUCUAUAAAAUAGAAAUCCUGAUACAAUUUUUCCAAAUAUUAACUCUUUACAUUCUUACAUUACAAUCAAACUGUUAUUUAUUAGAAAACAAUAUGUUAAUGAAUAUUAUAUAUUAUUCGAAAAUUUUUACUAGAAAUGAUAGAAUGUAAAGAGUUAUAAAUUUCAUUUACAUCAUUAAUACAUCAUGAUACAUACGUCACAUUGAAACUGUAAUAUUACAUUGUUAUUAUGCAUAUAAAUCAAAUUAAUUAUUUAAAAACACAUUUUUAUUAUGAUAUAUAUACUUCGUAAGCAAUUUAUCUAUUUACAAGCAAGUUCUUUCUAUAUGUGUGAAGCAUAAUACUGAACUAAUAUUUAAAACCUUUCUGUGAAAUAUUAAAAAAUAAUACUGAACAUGUUAGUGAGCGCUGUGAUUAUAAAAUUUAAAUUUUGUCAAAUUCUAUAAUUUUUAUACAUAAAACAUAAGAAGGUAUAAGAUUGUUAAAAAGUCUUAAUCCACUUUUAAAUUAUAUCAUAAAUUAGUUCAAUUAAAUUCGAAGUGAAUUUAUGUUCAAUAAAUGCAAAUAUUAUCUAGAUUUUUCAGUUCUAACCAUUACUUUUGAGAAACAGUAAAAUUAGAAUAAUAAAAGAAUUAAAAAGAGAGAAAGAAUAAAGACUAACCUAAAGGUAAAAGCAUAAUGUUUAUAUUUACAGUAUCGCCGUUUAUAAUUCGUAUAAAUAUUUCAGAAACUUCCCUUGUUGAGAGUUUUAACAUAUUUAAGUUUUGUAUCUUCUACUAAUUGUAAGGAGGAAAAGUAUUAAAACAUGAUUUUAUAAAUAUCUUUAAAUAAUAUGUGAGAAAAUAUUUAAAUUAAUUCUUGUUAGAAAAAUACUUUCAUAACGUCAUUUCUUUAAGAUUAAUAUAACAUUCUUACAAUCAAAUAAUGUAAUGACAUCUUGUACAUUUCUGCCUAUUGUGAUUUCUACUCUUUCUUCAGUUUUAAUAUUUUUAAUGUUCAAAAUUGAACACACUAUAAUUUUUGCUCAAAUUGAUGUAUUUUAAAAUAAUUUAUCUUAGACAAGUAUAAAGGUGACCCUCCAGUUUUUUAUUUUAAAUGACAAUUAAUUUAUAUAUUUCGCAAAUGGGUAAAUUUGAAAUACUUGUAACUAUAUAAUUUGACAAACUCUGUACACAAUAUUUUUAAAGCAUAUGGAACAUGGAACUAAUUGUCUUAAUUAAGUUUCAAGCUUUACUUAUGCUGCUUACAGAAUCAAUGUUCCUGAAUCUUUGAUAUUAACGUUAUAAAUUGAAUAUAUGCUUUAAAUGAAAAGAAAAUAAUGUAUACAUACAAUUAAUGUCUGUAUGUAAAUAUAAUAUGCAUAUUAUCUUUUUAUGUAAUUUCUUGCUACUAAGAAGUGUGUACAAUAUCCAUUUUAAUACAUUACUAGAAAAAUAAGGUGUAAUAGAUAUCAGUUCUUAAAGUGUACCGAAAAGUAUUUGCAAUUAUAAUUUUUUAAAUUAAUAUUUUUACAUUUUUUAUUUUGAUUUUACAUAUAUGAAACUCUUUUAGUUGGAGUAUUAUAUUUGUAAUUCAAUAUUUUUUUAUGCUUUUAAAAUGUUUUAAAAAUAUUUGUUAGACAGUCUAGUAAACACAUUUUUGUAUCAUAAUGUUUAUUAUAAAUGAAAAAAGAAAAGUACUUAAGCCUAUUCAUAAAUAUUAUAUGAAUUAAUGUAUAUAAAAUCAUAUCAUUUUGUCAUGACUUCCACACGAACAUGGUAUUUAUUAUGGAAUAAUAUAUAUGUUAUACACAUACAUAUAGACAAACUAUUUUAGACUGAAAUAUCUCAAUGUUGUAAUAAAUAGUAUUACUAAUUGCUUAUACUAUAUAAUAAAGUAAAUAAUAUUUUUGUAAA